CCACCACCCUAGUUGUCUCCUAAACUCUUUCUUCGAUUUCUGAAACUCCAUUAAUGAGACCAUCGACGAAGCUCUUAUUCUGAUACCCGAAGAUACAUAAUCACAGAGAAGAGAGAGAGAGAGAGAUGCCGACUCUCUAUUCUCCAAAUUGCUCUUACUCUGUCUAUUAUUCCCGUCUUGCCACUUCUUCUUCUUCGUCAUUAUCUGGGUGUCAACACCGUAUUACAGUUUCUUCAAUUCCGAAACGAUUGCAUUCACAGAAUGUCUCUUUUGAGUCUCCUAGAAAUCAUCGCCGCAAUGUGGUUCGCAUGCAAGGAGGUGAAGUGGCUGCAACUGCAUCAUUGCCUGCAAAUGAGACUCCCAUGACAACAUUCAAAGAUGAGUUGCUGAAAAUAAAAUCUUCAGAGGAAUUUAAAGAUGUUGCAGGUUUUGAUUUCAAAGAGGAGCCUACGGUCAGCAUCACUGUGGUUGGAGCCUCUGGGGACCUUGCCAAGAAGAAGAUAUUUCCUGCUCUUUUUGCACUUUAUUAUGAAGAUUGCCUACCCAAGCAUUUUACUGUGUUUGGUUAUGCUCGGAGUAAGAUGACAGAUGCAGAAUUCAGGGACAUGGUUAACAAGACGCUUACUUGCAGGAUCGAUAAAAGGGAGAACUGUAGUGAAAAGAUGGACCAGUUUCUAAAAAGGUGCUUUUACCAUUCUGGCCAGUAUGAUUCAGAGGAAAACUUUGCAGAUCUAGACAAGAAGUUGAAGGAACAUGAGGGCGGGAGGGUUUCAAACCGCCUAUACUAUUUAUCAAUUCCACCCAAUAUAUUUAUUGAUGCAGUAAGAUGUGCAAGCUCAUCGGCUUCUUCUACCAAUGGCUGGACAAGGGUUAUUGUUGAAAAACCCUUUGGACGAGAUUCAGAAUCCUCUGCUGCUUUGACUAGAGAACUGAAGCACUAUUUAGAGGAGGAUCAAAUUUUCAGGAUUGACCACUAUUUGGGGAAGGAACUAGUGGAAAAUCUAUCUGUGCUGCGCUUCUCCAAUCUCAUUUUUGAACCUCUAUGGUCAAGGCAGUACAUAAGAAAUGUACAGUUGAUCUUCUCUGAAGACUUUGGCACUGAAGGACGAGGAGGGUAUUUUGACCAUUACGGUAUUAUAAGGGACGUUCUGCAGAACCAUCUGCUUCAAAUACUAGCCCUUUUUGCCAUGGAAACUCCAGUCAGAUUGGAUGCAGAAGACAUCAGAAAUGAAAAGGUUAAAGUUCUUCGCUCCAUGAAACCUUUGCAACUAGAAGAUCUGGUGAUAGGUCAGUAUAAGAGCCACACCAGAGGGGGUAUUACAUACCCAUCCUACACAGAUGACAAAACGGUACCUAAAGGCAGCCUUACUCCAACAUUUGCUGCAGCUGCACUUUUUAUUGAUAAUGCAAGAUGGGACGGGGUGCCUUUUCUAAUGAAAGCUGGGAAAGCACUACAUACUAAGAGAGCCGAAAUAAGGGUGCAGUUCAGGCAUGUUCCUGGUAAUUUAUACAGUAAGAGUCUUGGAACAGAUCUUGAUCAAGCGACAAAUGAGCUUGUUAUUCGGGUUCAGCCUGAUGAAGCUGUUUAUUUGAAGAUCAAUAACAAGGUCCCUGGUUUGGGCAUGAGGUUGGACAACAGUCAUCUAAAUCUUCACUAUGCAGCCAGGUACUCGAAGGAGAUUCCUUGCGCAUAUGAAAGGCUUCUGCUUGAUGCUAUUGAAGGAGAAAGGAGGCUGUUCAUACGAAGUGAUGAGUUGGAUGCGGCGUGGGAGCUCUUCACACCUGUAUUGAAAGAAGUGGAGGAUAAGAAGAUAAUCCCAGAGUACUAUCCUUAUGGGAGUCGGGGACCUGUAGGUGCCCAUUAUCUUGCAGCCAGAUACAACGUUCGGUGGGGCGACCUGUGUAUAUAGCACCUAGGAUUCUGAUGCUAAAUGUGCCAACAACCAUUGCCAUUUAGAAUCACUUAAGAGAG